UAUAUAUCCCACAAUCCUUUGACUCAUGGCGGAUUUGUUGUUGUGACGGAAAGUAAUGUUUGUUGGAGUGUUGUGAAUAACUCUCUAUUAUAGUUAAGAACAUAAUCUAUUAAUAUUGCUGACCACGCUAUACGCAUACCGCCUUCUUUAAUUUCUUGUAAUUAUUGUGCCAAAAAGGAUGCCGUCAAUCAAGCUACAGAGUUCAGAUGGAGAAAUUUUUGAAGUUGAUGUGGAGAUUGCAAAGCAGUCAGUCACCAUCAAAACUAUGUUAGAAGAUCUUGGAAUGGACGAAGAUGAAGAAGAACCUGUCCCUUUACCAAAUGUUAAUGCUGCCAUAUUAAAAAAAGUUAUACAGUGGUGUACAUACCAUAAAGAUGAUCCUCCACCACCUGAAGACGAUGAAAAUAAAGAAAAACGAACAGAUGACAUUUGUUCUUGGGAUGCAGAAUUUCUUAAAGUUGAUCAAGGAACACUUUUUGAACUUAUAUUAGCUGCUAAUUAUCUGGAUAUUAAAGGUUUAUUAGAUGUUACAUGUAAAACAGUAGCUAAUAUGAUCAAAGGAAAAUCACCAGAAGAGAUUCGUAAAACGUUUAAUAUUAAAAACGAUUUUACUCCAGCUGAAGAAGAACAGGUUCGAAAAGAAAAUGAAUGGUGUGAAGAGAAGUGAUUGGUAGCAAUAAAUAUACCCUCAAUUGUUCGAUAGAUUAAAACAAACUCUUAUUAUAGAAGUGAUAUCCAACCCUCGAAAAAAGGACAGAUUAUAGUUCUGUGAAAAGUUAAACUUCUAGAUAUAUUCGAAUUAUAAAUUUACUUGUUUUUAGUUUUGCUUGUAUGCUAGCUAGAAAGAAGGUAACUCAUUAAUGUCCCUUGCCAUCAUUUAAUUUCGGAAAAAAUGUUUGGCUAUGUCUUUAUGGCUAAACGGUUUCAUCUGUUUUAUAUUGUUCAUUGCCGUAUCUUAGAAAGAAUUAUUGAAGUCUCAAACCAAUUGCCUGGUAUACAGGAUUUCAUUUUAAUUUUAUUUUGUAUGGUUGGUGUGAAAAAGAAUUAAACUGUUUUAAAUUG